CACGCGAGCUCGUUUCAUCGUGUCAUCAUCAAUGAUCAAUCCCCCUCUCGCAGUUCGCAACCUAUUUUUUCUACUUUCUCCUGAUUUCAAUUGCUCUUGUCAAACUUUUCUGAGACAAUUCGAUUUUAGGGGUUUUUUUUUCUCUCCUUUGAUUUGGGUUUCGAUGGCAUCGAAUCCUCACAGAGGCGGUCCGGGUGGUUCUCUUUACGGCGGCGCCGCUCCUUACAGAUCCAAAGAUGGACUUAGCACUAGAACUGCUACAGGUUCAGAGGAAAUCCAGCUUAGGAUUGAUCCGAUGCACUCUGAUCUCGAUGACGAGAUCACUGGUCUCCAUGGCCAAGUCAGGCAAUUGAAAAAUAUUGCUCAAGAUAUUGGGUCGGAAGCUAAGUUUCAGAGGGACUUCUUAGAUGAACUGCAAGUGACAUUGAUGAGAGCGCAAGCGGGGGUGAAGAACAACAUAAGGAAACUGAACUUGAGCAUCAUACGAAGUGGCAACAACCACAUCAUGCACGUGGUUCUUUUCGCGCUCCUCUGCUUCUUUAUUCUCUACAUGUGGUCCAAGAUGUUUAAAAGAUGAGAGAGACUCCCGAAACAUACUCGAUGAAUGUUCUUUUAGUUUGUGGGUUGGUUCAUCUCGUUCCCUGUUAUAUAGAGUGCUUGUUGCAUUGAAGCAAGAAAGAUUAUAGUAUCACAAAACCACAUGAGAUGCUUUCUGUAUUUCAUUUGUUUUGUUAGACCGGAUUAAAUUUGAAAUAUGGAACGAUUUGUUUGGCU